AUGGAUUUGUUGCCUGUCUCGGUCACCUGUGCUGAGGACAGCAUCAUGGACGUCCUCAGCGAGCCGGAGCCAAAGGAGGCGAAACCGGCGAAGCCCCUGCGGCCGACUCCUGGGCCACUUGGAAAGCAAUGCGGUCAGAACUUCGAGGAUAUCUCCCAGGAGUUCUACAGCCGUCAUCGCAUGGAGGUGCCCAAAAGGAAAGCAGAUGAGAAAGUCGACACUGACUUUGAUGUUCCAGAUCGCAGCGCCUUGAGAGAUCAGAUUCGAGCCAUUGACUCCUGGCUGGAGGAAGAUACCGGCCGGGAAGACGUCAAAGGCGUGACGGCCCGGCCGCGGCAAAGCGCCGCGCGGGCCCCGGCGACGCUGCAGGAGGCCAUGGCCCGCGGCGCCGGCGACGGCGAUGACUCCGCGGCGGAGGCGGAGCUCUUCAGCAAGCUGGAGGCGCUGAAGAGCCGUGAAACGGUGCCGCCGGCCGAGAUCAAGGAGUUGGUGAACCGUGCCAAGCCCUUGCUGCCCGGUAUGAACCUGGAGCAGCUGGUGAGAGCGCUAGACCUCUUCUCCUCCAGCUAUGAGGAUCACGACUUCUACCUCCACAUCUUGGGGGAGCUACCGGUGCAGGUGCGAAGCAUCACCUGCGAGCUGCUGACCAAGUGCCUCUGCAUCUUGCAGCGCCUCCGCUUGAACGAGGAGACCUACCUGGAGCUGUUCUCCAUGCAGGCCAUGAACAUGAUCCGCGCGCAGCAGCCGGCCGCCGCGCGGGCGCCCCGCGCGCCGCGCCGGCCUGGGGAGGCGAAGGAGGUGCCUAAAGCCACGUUGGCGCCCUUUAGCGGGCGCAUGCUGGUGCAGAUGGGGAACUCCCUGACGCAGCUGGCUGCAAAGCAUCCCAGCCGCUUCAUGGAUGUCUUCCAGGAACAGCUGGCCUUGGCCAUCCCUCUGCUCUCGAAGGAGGACUGCGAGUUGGUGAGCCCCGCGUUGGCGACCUCUCAGUUGCGCUUUGUAAACCUGGCGCAACCUGGAGCGCUGAAGGCCGACAUCAAGCUGGUCCAGCCGGAGUUCCUCCGCAAGCUGCACGCGCAAGGCCGCGUGUGGCCUCGACGCCAGGAGGCCGAGCUGGAGGAAGGGGCGCUCUACACCCCAAGGGCGACGGACGACUUCAAGGUCAUUCCGGUGUCUCACUGCUGGGAGACCAUGGAACAUCCAGAUCCUUGCGGCUUUCAGCUAGAACAACUCGUGCGAACCAUGGACUGCUUUGCAGCCUUCGAUCUCGAUGGAUUCUUCGUGGACAACGCAGCCUUCUUCAUCGAUUACAUCUCUCUCUACCAAUACCCUCGGAGUCCAGGACAUCAAGAGGACUCCUUCCGGGCUGCCAUGCGGGCAAUGCAUUUGUGCUACGCUAACUCUGGCAGUGGCUUCAGCACCUACGUUUGGAGAAUCGAGAAGCUGACACCGCAAUCUGUUCGUGCUCGACAUGUGAAGGAGGGAAAAAUGGUCACAGUCUUCAGUGCAGCUGAAGGAUCUGUCACGGGCACGGGGUUGGAGAGCCUGCAAGCCAACACUGUGGCCUACCAGGAGCGAGGCUGGUGCAGGGCUGAGCUUGAGUGGAGCAAACCCCACUCAUUCAACGUCAUGAAGGGGAUACUUCCAUGUAUUGGCAGAAUGGUAGGCUGUGUGAAGGCCAGGAACGGCAGGGUGCCCGUGUUACCGCCCGACACCGCAGCUCUUCUUGCCAAUAUGCGCACGGAGCUUCCUUGGACACCGGCAGAUUUUCAAGGAGCAGUUGGCAACGGACAGUUGAAGUUUACACACAGGUCAGACGCAGAGAUUGUUCUCAAGCUGCGGGAAGUCUUUGAAGAAAAGCUGGCAACCCAGGAAGUGCUCUGA